AUGCCCACCACAUCAGAUACACUCCUCCCAGCACCUGCUAUGCAGGCAUUAUCAGUAUCGGGCGAUGACCUCCCAGUCUCACCUCUUUGCCCAAUAGUCGAUUCCUACCCCGGAGACCCAAUCGCCCAAUAUCUCAUAAACCCAUUUGCUCGACACAUCUUCAAAACUUUGCUGGCAAUUUACGCCUUUCUGAUACUCUCGUAUCAAGUAUGUGGUCUGUGGAAUGAGGAGCCAGUUUGCGACCGGAGGGUCAACCAUCUCAUGUACGCGGUUGUUCUUGGGAUUUCCGCGUUGAUGGUAUACACCCAUUACCUGAGGAAGCGGCUUGAGAGGCAGCAACGGGUAUCAGCAUCAGGAGAGGGUAAGACCGUUAAGGGAGAACCUUGA